ACCCUUCUGGGUCCUCUCGCUCUCUGCUUUCUAACACUGCCAUGCCCAUCUGCUGUGAUCCUCUGCCUUGAAGCAAGCCAAGGAUGGACUGAAACCUCCACAAACCAGGACAGUCAGGAAGACUUUGAGGAUGGAGGAAAGCAAGAAGACUUGAGUGGCAACAAGAGAUUUUCCCUGCCAGUUGGUUCCAUCACCCUCGCCUACCCACACUCCUGCCAGCUAUCCCCAAUACAAAGUAUGAUGCCUCACAGCCAGAAACAUCAGCAGUACAAGCUUCAGGAUGAAAGAAAGACACAGGCCCUGGUGGAUGGGCAAGUUCCUGCAGCUGAGGAGGUAGAUACCACAGCCGCCGCCUCCUCUACUCUGAUGCCAGGCACCCCAGACAACGUGCCUGCUGCCACUCCUAGAACACCAAGCCUUCCCAAGAGUCUUCAGAAAUCGUCCUCCUCCACUGCCAGAAAAGCUACUCCAUCAAGCAAAUCAAAUAAAGGUUCCAGGGGCCAAGUAGGGAAGCAUCAGAGCACCUCCCAGGCUCGUCCGUACCCUGAGUUCUUGCUCACUAAUAUUCUAGAGAAGAAGGUGAUUGAGCUAGUGAAGUUCCUUAGUGUGAAGUAUGCAACUAAAGAGCUUGUUACGGAGGUAGACAUGGUGAAGAAUGUCAUCAGAGAGCACAAAGAUGACUUGCCCGAGAUCUUCAAGAAUGCCUGCGAAUGGAUGAGGAUGAUCUUUGGUAUCGAUGUGAAGCAAGUGGACCCCAUUAGCCACUCUUACGUGCUGGUCAAAGCACUCGAGCUCACCUAUGAUGGGAGGCUGAGCGAAGACCAGUGCAUACCCAAGACCGGCCUGCUGAUUCUCGUCCUGGGAAUAAUCUUCAUGGAGGGCAACUGCGCCCCCGAGGAAAAGAUCUGGGAGAUGUUACAAAAGAUCGGGGUGUAUCCUGAGAAGAAGGAUUUCAUCUGUGCAAAUCCCAGGAAGUUCAUCACUAAAGAACUGGUGCAGGAACGCUACCUGAAGUACCGGCAGAUACCCAACAGUGAUCCUGCUCGCUACGAGUUCCUGUGGGGUCCAAGAGCCUAUGCUGAAACCACCAAGAUGAAAAUCCUGGAGUUUUUCUCCAACGCCAUUGGCAGUAGCCCCACUGACUUCCCAUCCUUGUAUAGGGAAGCUCUGAGAGAUGAAGAAGAGAAAGCUCAGCCUGUCACUGCCGCGGAGGAUUGCACUACUGCCCCGGUCGGUACACAGGCCAGCACCAAGCACAGCAGCUCCGGCCCUCAGUAAACUCUGAGGAGAUUCCUUGCUCCAUGUUGGAAAAGGGAAGUCAAGGUUGUAAGAC